AUGGAGUCUUUAGACCCUGGCGUGCCCUCUGCGCCCCUCGUCGCGGACGGCGCAGGAACAGCGCGCGCGAGGCCGAGCGGCGGAGUGGUGUUCACUCCGCUGUACGGCGCGCACGCCGACGAGCCGCUGUGCUACCACCUGCGGCUCGGCCGCCUGCACCUGCUGCUGGACUGCGGCUGGACCGACCUCCUCGACACGGACCUUCUCGAGCCGCUGCGCGCCGUCGCGCCCGCGAUCCACGCCGUGCUGCUCUCGCAUCCCGACAUGGAGCACGCGGGCGCGCUGCCGUACGCGUACGCGCAGCUGGGGCUGCGUGCGCCCGUGUACUGCACGGUGCCGGUGGCGCGGCUGGCGCAGCUGAUGCUAUACGACCAGUUCCUCGCGCGGCGCAGCGCCGGCGACUUCGCCCUGUUCUCGCUGGACGACGUGGACGCCGCGUUUGACGGCGCCGUGCGCCUCAAGUUCGCGCAGCCGCACGCCGUGGGCGACGAGCGCGACGGCGUGAGCGUGACGCCGCUGGCGGCGGGGCACCUGCUGGGCGGCACGAUAUGGCGGAUAUCCGUGGACACGGAGGACCUCGUGUACGCCGUGGGGUUCAACCACAGGGAGGAGCGCAUACUGGGGCGCGCGGUGCUGGACACGGCCGUGGUGCGCCCCGCCGUGCUCAUCGCGGACGCGGCCACGGCGCUGGUGCCGCCGGUGAAGCGCAAGGCGCGCGACCAGCAGCUGGCAGAGGCGAUCAGCAGCACGGUGGGCGAGGGCGGCAGCGUGCUCAUGCCCGUCGACACGGGCGGGCGCGUGCUGGAGCUGCUCGUGCACUUGGAGCAGCUGUGGGCGGCGCAGGGGUGGGAGGCGCCGGUGGUGGUGGCGACGGGGGAGAGCUACAGCAUGGUGGAGGGCGCCAAGGCCAUGCUCGAAUGGCUCAACCCCUCCACUGCUCGCCACUUCGACGCCCAACGCACCUCGCCCUUCAACUUCAAGUACAUCCGGCUGUGCCACAGUGUGGAGGAGGUGGAGGAGGUGCCGGGCCCCAAGGUCGUGCUGGCGUCGCUCGCCAGUCUCGAGGCGGGCUUUGCUCGAGCGCUCUUUGUGCGCUGGGCGCCCGACCUGCGCAACACGCUGCUCUUCACCUCGCGUGCCCCGCCUAGCUCCCUGGCGCACACGCUGCAGACCAACGACGUGCGGUUCCCAGUGGUGAGUGUGAGCAUGAGUGAGCGCGUGCCGCUGGAGGGCGAGGAGCUAAGGGCGUACGAGGAGCAGCAGCGCCAGCAGCAGCAGGCCGCCAUGGAUGCUGCUAGGGGGGACGAGGGGGACGACGGGCAGGGGGACGGGGAGGAGGGGGAGGGGGAGAGGGAGGGCGAGGGAGGGGAGAAGGGGGAGGCGAAGGAGGAGGCUGAUGGGGAGGUGCUGGAUGGGGAUGACGCAGUGAAAUCAUUCACCACCAUUCGCCCUCUCUCCCCCACCUUCCCCCCACCACCAGAGCCUUCCCCCUUGGCCCAGCGCCCUCCAUCAGACGUCUUCUGUGAGGGCUUCUCUCCGCUGCCCCUCGCACCCUUCCCCCGCACUCUCCCCCGCCACGCCGGCCCACGGCCACAGCACCGCGAGGGGUGGGUGGCAGGGCCGGUGUUCCCGUGGAGUGAGGGCGCGGGGGGCGGGGGGCGGUGCGACGAGUACGGCGAGGUGGUGGACGCCGAUGGCCUGGCCGCUGUGGUCGAACACAUGCGCGGCCCCAUGCGGCCAACGGUGAGCGCCAUGGAGGCGGCGGGGGUGGACAUGGCGGCGCUGGCGGAGGCGGAGGACGUGCUGGCGGGGCUGGAGAGGCCCAGCCGCGUGCGCGUGGAGCACGUCACCGUGCACGUCAACUGCGCCAUCCGCUCCAUCGACUAUGAGGGGCUGGCAGACGGCCGCUCCCUGCGCACCAUGCUCGCCCACACCCACCCCCUCUCCCUCGUAGUCGUGCACGGCACGGAGGAGGGCACGGCCGCCAUGCAGCAGGCGGGCAUCUGCAGCGACUGCAUGGCGCCCCGUGCAGGCGAGAGCAUCGACCUCACUCCCCACCUCGCCACCUUCCGCGUGAAGCUGAGUGACGACCUGCUGAGGGGGCUGCCAUUCCACAAGCUACGAGACGACUACGAGGUGGCAUUCGUGGAGGGCCGCCUGCACCCCUCCUCCUGCGCGCCACCCUCCGCCUCGCUCUCCCUGCUGCCGCGCAUCACAGGGCCCCCUCUCCCCGCACCCUCUGGGUCAGGAGCAGGAGGCCAAGGGGCAGAGGGGGAGGAGAAGGGGCAGGGGGAAGGUGGAGAGGGAGGGGUGGGAGUGGAGGGGAGAGGGGUGGGUGGAGGGGGGGCACGGGCGCUGAUGGAGCUGGUGCCGCUGGAGGGGGAUGGGGAGGAGGCCAAGCGGCGGGCGGUGAUGGUGGGUGAUGUGAAGCUCUCGGAAUUCAAAGUGCUGCUGCAAGCUCAGGGACUCCAGGCUGGGUUCGUUGAGUCGGUUCCUGUAGCAACAGCAGGAUCUGCUGUUCUCAAGUGUGGCGAUUCUCUCGCUCUAAGAAAGCACUCCCCAGUCGGCGCGCGCUCUCCGCUUCCCCAAUCUGCAUGCUCUCUCCGCUCUUCCCCCAUCUGCAUGCUCUCUCCGCUCUUCACCCAUCUGCAUGCUCUCUCCGCUCUUCCCCCAUCUGGGCGCACUCUCCGCCUGCAGUGCCCUCUCGAACUCGGAGGCUGUUCCUUCUGCCAGCGCCUUGCUCAUCUCCGCACCCCGUGCUUUCUUCCCCCUCCUCCGCCCAUCGUUCCGUUCCCCCGACCCCAGGCGCCGUACCCAACGAACGCGCCGUGGCAGAACUUCGUGCUGGGGCAGGGCAGCAGCCCCGAGCUCGUCACGCCGUACAUGGUGCAGAGCGCGGAGGGGCGCGUCGCGUGGGGGCUGCCGGUGCGCGACCCGCAACCCGGGUACAUCGUGCAGGCGUUCGUCACCGCGCUCAUGCUCUCCACGCUGCAGGGCCUCCCCCCGCACCAGCUCUCCGCCUACGACGACCUCUCCGCCACCCUCUCCUUCCGCCAGCCCUCCUCCGCGCCCUCUGAUCCCCCCGCGCUCGAGGUCCCCCUGGUGCGCGGGUCGCCCUUCCUCACGUUCAUAUUCCCCCCGGGCGGCCCCCCAGCGACGCCCAUGCUGACGACGAUCCACGCCAUCACGGGAGUGGAGGCCAGCAGCGACAGCAGCAAGUACCGCGUUGCGCUCAACAACGGCCAGCCCCAUUCCCGUGUCUCGCUCGCCAUAAUUCUUACGAUUUCCCCCCUCCACUUGCUCACUCCCCGUACUCACCUCCUCCUUGCGCGCGUGUCCCCCCAAUCCCCUGCGCCUACACCAGACGUGGCAGCGCUGGUGGCGGACGUGCCCUUCACGGGGACCAUGCGCGUGGCGCUGCUGCCCGGGACCUCCCCGCAGGACGAGGAGGCGGUGCUGGACGCGCACGUGCCCACGGUGCCGGUGGGGGGCAGCGCGCACGUGGGCGAGUUCUCCAUCGAGUACACCUGGCGCACCCAGCACUGGCGCGACCUGGCUGACGGUGACACCGAGGCGCCGCUGCUCAUGCUCUCGCUGCCAAGGCACCGGCGCAUGGAAGUGAGCGCGCACAGCCUCUCCACUGCCUCCGCCCUCCGCCGUCGCCACAGCGGCUCCCCUUCCGGCGUCAUGGGCGCCCUCCGCGGCCACCACAACCCCGCCGCUGCCCACCCCUCCAUUGCACGAGGCAGUGCACGGGGGUCGUCCGUGCGAGCUGCGUCCGUGCCGGAUGCAUCAGUGCUGGCCUACCCCAGCAUCGACGGCCAGGCGGUGGGCAUGCAGGGGGCCCUGCUGGACGAGCUCAGGGCCAGCCUCAAGCAGGAUGUGGCAGCGCUGCCGCCCCUCUCCUCCACCUCCACCUACUCCUUCGGCAAGGCAGCUGCGCGUGCCGCCCGCCUGGCACUCGUUGCGAAACAGGUGGAAGACGAGGACAGCCUGGCCGCCGUGCUGCCGCCCCUGCGAACCGAGCUCUCCGCGUGGCUGGAUGGCACCUUCCCUGGUAACCGCCUGCUGUAUGAUCCCACUUGGGGCGGCGUGGUGAGUGAGGCGGGGUCGCGUGACCAGGGGGCGGAAUAUGGGGCGGGCAUGUACAACGACCACCACUUUCACUACGGCUACUUCAUCUACAACGCUGCCACCUUUGCCCAGUUUGAUUCUGCAUGGCGCGACCAGUACGGUGCGGCGCUCAAGGACCUCAUGGCGGACUACAUGUCGCCGGAGCGUACCGCGGCAUUCCCAAGGCUGCGGCACUUCGAUGCGUACGCGCUGCACUCGUGGGCCAGCGGGCUGUUUGAAUUCGGCGACGGGCGCAACCAGGAGAGCUUUAGCGAGGCGGUCAAUGCAUACUGCGUGGGGGCGCUGCUGGCCUCCGUGUUGGGCGACCAGCCGCUCGCCACGCUGGGCGCCACGCUCGCAGCCGUGGAGGCCCUCGCCGGGCAGACCCUCAUGCACGUGCCGCUCGCCUCGUCCAAUCCGGACCCCUCCCUCUCACCCGGCUACGAGGCGGUGUUUGCGGACGGCAACCGCGUGGUGGGCGUGCUGUGGUCCACCAAGCGCGACGCCGCGCUGUGGUUCGCCCCGCCGGCGGACAUGGAGAAGCGCGUGGGCAUCCAGGUGCUGCCCGUCUCGCCCUUCCUCAAGCACCUCUUCCCCGACCCUGAGUUUGCUAAGCAGCUCGUGGAGUGGGCACAACCCGUGCUGAGCGGUGCCGCCACGGACGAGUGGCGUGGCUUUGCGUGGGCGCUGCAAGCGCUGUACGACCCGCAAGGGGCCAGGGCGAACAUUGCUGCUCUAGGUGCUUUUGAUGAUGGCAACUCCAAGACCAACAUGCUCUGGUGGCUCGCUUCCAACAUGCCAUAG